UGUUAGUCAUUCAUAAGCCGUUGAGUGAAGACUGAUAACAGUCUUCACUCAACGGGUGUUAUAGGUGCAUAAAAGUUCAUUAAUACGUGAGAUUUAAAUUGUAAUUAGACCGCUUGUUCCUUGCAAUAAAAUUUUUUAUGCGUCAGUGUCCUUCUACGUCACGUUUUUACCCAGUGUUUUUACUUGUAAUUUAAAAAAGAAGAUUCGUGUGUACCGGGUACAUAGGCCAAUCGAAAAUGGCAUCCGGAAAGAAUCAGCAUGAUAAUAGAUCAUCUAAUUGUUUGCGAAAGUAUCGGAUAUUUUUCGUAUUUGGCAUAGCCAUAUUAUGUGUGCAAGUAUACUUAGCUUAUACCUUUUUUGCUCUGGAGAGUGAAAAUCGCAGGGUAAUAAAAUCAUCAUUAAAUAACGAUAUUCUCUCGGUAGCUGAAGAAGGAGGUGGUCUUCUGACAGGUUCUCGGCAGCUCAAACUACCUCCGGACAAACUAGAGACCAAUACAAUAAAAGGUGCUCAUUAUCGUAAUCGAACAACCAGGGUGAAAUUAGACCUGAAAUCGCUGAAUUUUACCCCCGAUUGUGAGAUAACUGGCAGAGAAGCAGUGAGCGCCAUUACGAGAGCAAAAUCUCAGACUUGCAAGCAGCGAAUUGCUAGUGUAACUUGCCUGAGUCAACAGGGUCUCCUUUAUCCUAAGAACUUGCAAUCAUCUUGUCCACAUUCUCCUGGUUUUCUUGAUAAGCCAAAAAACUUGGGUUGCUUCAAAGACGACAAAACACUCCAAGUACUAUCUGGUUACUAUGCUGUUUACAAAGGUGAAAACUCACCUGAUUACUGCGCCAAAAUGUGCUUACAGUCAGGUUACCCCUACUCGGGUGUUGAAUAUUCAAUUGAGUGUUUUUGUGGAAUGGAGGAACCAUCGCAGGUGAGACGUUUACCUGACUCAAGUUGUAAUAUGAAGUGUCCUGGGAAUCCAAAGUUAUCCUGUGGUGGUUAUUUAACUAUAAAUAUCUUCUGGAAUGGCAUACAAAGAUUCAGGCCUCAAGAAGCAAGAAAUUCCAGCUCCAAAAAUUCGAGAGAAAAACCUGCUCGAAUAGCCUACUUGUUGACAGUAAAUGGCAGAGCCAGUCGCCAGGUUAAACGUCUAAUCAGUGUGCUGUAUCAUCCGUCACAUUUCUUCUACAUUCAUGUGGAUGCGAGGCAAGAUUACAUGUACCGGGAGAUGUUGGGAAUUGAGAAAAAAUGUACGACUAAAAAUAUUAGAGUAGCAAGAGGGAUCGGCUUGCGACAUGCAAGCAUCUGGGGUGGCGCAAGCCUCUUGAAAACUCUUUUAAGUUCAGCGAACGAGAUUUUGGCUCAAGAUCAUAAUUGGGAUUUUCUUGUGAAUUUGUCAGAAUCAGAUUUUCCAGUUAAAAGCAAUGCUCGGCUUACUGAGUUUCUCACUUUAAAUAAAGGAAUGAAUUUUGUCAAGUCACACGGCAGAGAAGUACAACGCUUCAUCACAAAGCAAGGACUAGACAAAAGCUUUGUUGAAUGUGAAGCACGAAUGUGGCGCAUUGGUGAUCGCAAAUUACCGACAGGUAUUCAAAUUGAUGGAGGAAGUGAUUGGGUGGCGCUAAGUCGGGAUUUCGUUGAAUAUGUGGCUAAUCCAGUGCCAGACCCUCUAAUAUCUGGAUUGCUAGAAGUGUUCCGAUAUACUUUGUUACCUGCAGAAUCAUUUUUUCAUACUGCACUGCGAAAUUCACGAUUUUGUGAUACGUACAUUGACAACAAUCUUCACGUCACUAAUUGGAAACGGAAAUUGGGCUGUAAAUGUCAGUAUAGAGCUAUCGUAGAUUGGUGUGGUUGUAGCCCGAAUGACUUCAAAUCCGAAGAUUUUGGACGGAUAAAAAGCACAGCAGAUCGAAAUUUAUUCUUUGCCAGAAAAUUUGAGCCAACAAUCGAUCAAAGAAUUAUAGACCGUACUGAGGAAUGGAUAUAUCCAUCGAAAAGUAACAAAACUCAGAAACUGAAGGGUUACGAUGCAUACUGGCAAAGCGUGUACCACUAUGCAGACCUCAGUCCGAUGGCUGAUGACACACUGUUAACAAUAUCAGAUUCUUUAGCUCGUCUCACCUACAAAAAUUUGAAAAUUGAAGACUACAUUUUCAGUCAAAUCAAAUUACUCGAGGCCACAGCUUAUUUUCGAUCCAAUCGUUUUAUUGGGAUAUUAAUUCGAUGUAAUGCAAAUACCAAUGACCUAGAAAAUUUGGAAUCUUCAACAUUUCAAAAUGAAUUUCCAGAACAAGUCGAAUCUUUGAUCUCGCUAAAGCAGAAUAUUACUAUAACCAAAUCCUGGAAAAAUCGUAUACGUAACCUGGCUGUUAGCACAGACUAUGAUCAAAAAGAACAGACGUUCAGAAACUUAGUUGCAGCAAUGAGCGUACUAUCAACUCCUGUUCUAGCAUAUGAACUAGUUCCUGGAUUUACACCUCUACGUAAUUUAUCAGUAUUGUGGGUUGAUCCCUAUGGCCAUUUGGCAGAUAUGGGUCAACUACAGAUGGAAGAAGCAACAUUGUUUGGUCACAUAAAACCUCAACUUGGAGAGCCGUUAGUCAUUGGCACCUGGCAUGUGCUCUUAAUGGCAGACUCAGAUUUAGUAGCAAAACUAAAUUUCCUUGUAGUACCAUUAGCGUAUUGGAGAAAUCAAAAGAUCACUCUCCGAAAAGCUAAAGAGUUACAUAAUGGCUCUUUAGCACCAUACCAAGUAAAUGAAAACAUAAAUCACUGGUGGACAAAUUAUUUAAGUACUUCCACCGUAAAUUCUAGUACGACAGAACAGAGAAUCGGUUUGGAGCUUGAACGGUGGAUAGAUGCUCUGGUGUCUGAAUAUUAUGAGAUAAAAAAUACAUGCUGGACGGUGGAAAUGCCGGAAGUUCGGGGAAAACUUGAGAAAUGCUCUGAGACUAGUUGGAGCUCACUAAGUCCUGAUUACAAAGCUGACAUACGCAACUUGUGCUAAGAAUUUAACCAAUUAUGUGCCAUUGCCCACUCCUAUUCAUAAAUUUCAUUAAUCAUUUGUAUAAUCAUCUCUUAGAUAUUUUUAUAAUGACCAAGACUGUAUAUAUGUAUACAUCGUUGUAUUUGUAUUUAAAAAAAUAUAUUAUAUGUGCCCCUUU